AUGGCCGGAAUCGUCCAACCCGACGAGGCUGCUCGUGUGGAUGCGGAGGCAAUGGUCGCUGCGGAACAAGAUCAAGAGGUUGGGGAUGUUGAGCAUGAUGAACUCGCCGAGGCCGCCGCCGAGCUCCUGGCCAGCCUCCCACUCAAAGCUGCGGACUUCCUACGCAACAAUGCGAGCCUGGCUGCGCAAAAGGACGUUGCAGCGUGCCUCACCAAAAAUGGGGUGACGAAUGGAAUACUACUCCAAGACUUGGAUAAGUCCGUGUGCAAGACACUUGCCCGGGAUCUCACCGAUGAAGCUAACCUGGUGGUGUUGCGAGCCCUUGCUCGAAUUUAUGCGCUCACGAAAAGCGACGGUGAACGAGCUCCCAAGAGGAAGAGAGAUGAACAGUUAGAGGAUUUUGACGAAGAGGUCCUACUGCUUCGACAACGCCAGUUUCAAGAAAAGUAUGGCACUCGCGUGGCAGGGCGCUUCGUGGUGAAGCCAGCCACCUUGGCGAAGAUGCGUGUGCGGAGAAUGGUCCCCCUAUCCGCCUGUGACGGUGCUUCGAUAGUGACCCGUACGGGAUCUACUCAUACAUUUCUACUCGACAAGACUACGGGUACCUCCCGACUGGGCGACGAAGAUCACAAGCCCUCUGAUGACGCUACCUGCCAAGCGGCCGACUUCUUCUUGCGCCUGUCCAGGUGGGGCUUAUCGGCUUGCCUGCUCGGCCAGAUGACCCCCACCGAAGUCUUGUUGUACACCGCCAGAAUAGCUGAGCUAGGACGCUGUACGGGUGUCUCCUGUAUGCAAGCGGCUGACGCUGAAGUUCGCGCCGAACUGUCGAUGG